GUAUGCGUGAGAAUUUCGCGUACCUCGCGCGCGCGCUCAGCGCGAGCGGGCACGGGCGGCUCGACGCUCGUCUUGCCACCGUACCUCGACCAUGUUCCCGACGCUCGUUAGGCUCUCCAAGGCCUCCCGGAGGACGCUCACACCCAAGCGCGGAAACAAGGACUUCUACAAGGGCACUCGGCAGGCAUUUGUCCCAGGCAUCCGUACAGGCGCACCGGGAAAGCAUGUCAUUGGCGGCAAGGCGAAGUACCGUCUGAUUGACGAGAAGGUCCGAGUGUUUAUUGCGCCCUCGAUUGAGACCAUCCAAAACACCCAGCUGCGGCCAUACGUUAGCGUCAAUGUCAGGCUGACGAAGGAACAGCGACAAGAGGGUUCCGCGCCUUUAUGAUUCAGUCAUAGCGCGGAUCCUAGUUCCAGUGUGAAAGCAACGAGGAUACGCCAGCCUCUACGCGCGACCCUUACCUACCGACUACGACGUCAGUUCAACUCACCGUUCAGAUGCCUUCCUGGCUUGGGAGGUGCAGUGGGACGCUUUCCUCGUCGAGUCAUGCAUAUUUGUCUAGUUAAAUCUGUUCUACACUGCUCCCUAGACGUACAUCAUCGCCCCAUACUAUCUACACUCACCAACGGCUUCUUGAGACCACCGAUCCUUGAGACAGUGCAUCCAUGCAACCUGACUGGUACCUAACAGCUAUUUUCAGUACGUUGGACAGUAGCAAACGCGAGCGACAUACAAUGACUAAGCACUCCACCCUU